AGCCCCGCUCCGCCCCUCGCGGACCGGCAUCGCUCGGCGUGCUGCAGCCGUCCCAGCACCGCCCGGCUGCCUCCGAGGCCAUGCGGCUUUUCUUUCCCGGCGCUGCUUGCGCGCUGCAGGCGGUCACGCUGCUUUUUCUGCUCGGCCCCCUUGGAAAUGCCUUCGCAGAGCUGAACGUCACCAACACAAGCUCUAAUGUGACUUCAUCCCCUGUGGUGCAAGGAAAUAGCACUUCGUCCAGUCUCUCUGCUGUGCCAACCACACAGUCUGCAGCAGGUACGCCCACCAGUGCCGGCCAUCCCACCAAUGCCAGCCAUCCCACCAGUACCAGCCAUCCCACCAGCGCCAGCCAUCCCACCAGCACCACUGCACAUGUCACCGUUCCUCCUCAGCCCGCUGAAACCAACCAGACAGGAUCAACUACAGCUUCAUCAGUCACAUCAUCACAAGUGAAUGUUACAGUGACCACUUCUAAGAUUUCUGUCACAUCUGUUACAGCCACAUCAAAAUCUGAGACUGUCGUAGCCAGAGCCUCCAGAUUUGACGUGGGCAGUUUUGUAGGUGGCAUUGUGCUGACACUUUGCGUCCUAGUUAUUCUCUACAUUGGGUGCAAAACGUACCACUCGAGAAGAGGCAUUCAGUACAGAACCAUUGAUGAACAUGAUGCCAUCAUUUAAAGAGACUUCAGGGAGGAUGGUGGUGGAAACCCAUCCUGUCCCAGCUGUUUUAGCUUGCUUCUGGAAAACAUUCUUCUCAUGAUUGCAGUCUCUCAGGCUGUUUGUAGGUGUGAUCUGCAAAAUUAUGAGACUCUCCUGCAUGUCCUGAUUUUUACUUUUUAUUUUGCAUUAGUUUUGAUGAGAACAAAAGGAAGUUGGCACUUUCUUUGAGAGAUUAUUUCCUUUUUCCAAUAUUUGUAACCAAAUUUAAAGAAACCACAUGUUAAGUUGUUUGAAGCUGGACACACAAGCUUCUACAGUAGGUAACUGCUAAACAGUAGACACAUCAUUAGGAUUCUAAGUUAAGUUCAACUCUUUCUUGUCCCCAUAAAUCCAGCACAUGCCAUAAUGGGCACUGUAGGUUAAAUAGGACAGGCUACCUUUGAGACCAGCUGGAAUUUCUUGCAAGUAAAGUUUUUUUUUUUCAAAUGUUUUGUAUUAAAUUGUAUUUAUUUUGAAGUUUGAUGUGAACUUCAAUUUAGAAACAUGUGGGAUUGAACACUUCAGUUAAUUAUUAGGGUAAUAAAGGGGCAAGUUUUGCUAACGGUAUAGAUGAGAAGUACUGUGAAGUUCAGUCAUUAGCUCACCAGUGACUCGUAGAGACCUGCCUUUGUAGGCUACAUGAUGAAACUAGCUGCAGGAACCAUGGACAGACCAGAGGUAUCCAUCCACAACCCCUUAUUCUAAAUUGGUACUUAUAAAAUGAAAGCAUAAAAAUAAAACAGGCUAAGCACCCCAUAGCUGCUAUUGGAUUGUAUAUCCUAGUGUUCUGCUGAAGAUAAAGUCAGAAUUUUCCUCUCACAGAUAUGAAAAUUAUUGCUGAAGUUAUGUUUUCGAUUGAAUGUGGACAUCACUUUGUUUGUGUUUUUUUGUUUUUAUUGUGAGGAAGCUGCAUGCAACGUUUUGCAGCACUUGGUAAGCAUUGAAAGUUACACGGAGAAGUUGAAAAUCUAUAGGAUAUCAUUUUAGAAGAAUAUAAUCUGGAUUUUUGUGUUUUUUUCCUAGACGAAAUUCUUCAUAGGGCAACAGGGACUCCCUUAGAAACCUCCAUUAAGGUCCAAGUGUACCAUUCCUGUGCAGGAUGGUCGAUGCUGAUUCCAUAUCACUGGUGCAUUUACACUGAAGUAAACUUACUGCCCUCAGCAGAUGAUGGGCACGUGAUUUACACUGGUGUAGGGAAGAGCAGAAUGAGAACCAGGAAACGCUUCUCUGUAGCACCAAGGAAUUGCUUUGAGGGCUUGUUGAGGCCCCGUUUGUUACCUGUCACUGGAGAUCGGGGUCGGUGUGGUGGCACUUCCCCAUCAGGCAGCGCACAGAAGGGAGGUGGUGACACCUGGAAGGGGCUGCUCACAGGCCUGUCAAUGGUAGAACAUCAGAGGUAGCAGAGCUACAGCUCUGGCACAGAUGUAUUGUUUUGUUUAUUCCUACACGUGUGCUUUCCUACAGUAUUACAACGCACAUGUGAAUCUUAUUUUCCUUUUUCAUACAGAGUAGUAAAGCUUCGUCUGAGGCACAAAUAAGUCCAACAAAUCAUGACCUUAAGAAACACCAGCCAUACACUUGAGAUAGGGUUUGUAUCCCUGUUCUGUAUUGUACUGAGACUGAAAUAGGGAGGAGCAGUAACCUGAAGUUUUCCAGUUUUGUUUCAUCAUGUGUGUGAUUAUUUCUUUUUUUCUUAAUUAAUUGCCUUGUUUGGUGAAUUUUUAUUUCUUUUUAACUUGAUGAUUGUUCCAUAGCAUUGCAAUUCUUUACCUUUGUAGAAAUUAAGGGAAUUCAGUGCAACCCCAUUCCUGGGAUUGCCUCACCUCUGUUGUGCAGAUGAAUAAAGGAAGUUAAAUCUUUGGA